CAGCUCAGCAAUGUCUCCCAAGAAAGCAAAGAAGAGAGCUGAAGGGGCCAACUCCAAUGUAUUCUCCAUGUUCGAACAAACUCAGAUUCAGGAGUUUAAGGAGGCAUUUACCAUCAUGGAUCAGAACAGAGAUGGCUUCAUUGACAAAGAAGACCUUAGAGACACCUUCGCUGCUUUAGGUCGUCUAAAUGUGAAGACUGAAGAACUGGAAGAGAUGUUACAAGAAGCCCCAGGACCAAUUAACUUCACUGUGUUCUUAACAAUGUUUGGAGAGAAGCUUAAAGGUGCUGACCCAGAGGAAACCAUUCUGAAUGCAUUCAAAGUGUUUGAUCCUGAAGGCAGCGGACUCCUAAAAUCAGAUUAUAUUCGAGAAAUGCUUAUGACCCAAGCUGAGAGGUUCACAAGUGAAGAGGUCGACCAGAUGUUCACAGCUUUCCCCCCUGAUGUCACAGGAAAUUUAAACUACAAGAAUCUUGUUCACAUCAUCACUCAUGGUGAAGAGAAAGAGGAGUAA